AUUAGGAAAGCUAAUGAAGAAGAGAAGCGUUUUAUUAAGGACUGGAUCUGGUUUUGGUUUCCUUGCCGUGUGAUUUCAACGGUGUGGAUUUCGUUCCUCUUCUCUCGCUCGCUUUCGCAUUCCCCCGCGAAAUCCCAUCGCGAUCUGUCAUUCGUUUGCUCCCAAAUUCUGGUUUUGAUCACAGAUCCGUUGUUUUAUCUCCAUUUUGAUGUUAGAAAGUUCGUGAUCCUUGCUCCUGUGAGGUGGGAGAAGAUGUCACUGAAAGGCUUCUCCUUUUUUGGGAUUGGAGCCUCUAAUGAGGAGAAAAAGAGGAGUUCGUUUGCAAAAUCUGAAAUUUCACCUUCGUUGAAGCUCCAGACAGGCAAAGAGAUAUAUAGGCCGGGUGAUACAAUCACUGCCACUAUAGAAAUUUUCAGUCCUAAGUUGUCGAAUGAGGAGACACAGAAGGAGCAGUUCGGCUAUGCUUUUGCCUCGUUGCUUGUUGAUAACCUUACAUUUGAGGUUAAAGGGAUUGAGAAGCUGGACACUCAGUGGUUUGCAACACCAAAACCUCCGCCAGGAUCAAAGCGAAAUAGAGGUGAGCAUGUUUUCUUGGAUUGUUCAACCCCAUCAAUGGUUUCGAAAGCUAUAGUGUCAUCUGGAUCUACCAAAACAUAUAUAGUACGAGCAGAAUUGCCAAAGGUUUUACCACCAUCAUACAGGGGCACGACCAUCCGCUAUACGUAUUAUGUUAAAACCACACUUCGUGGACGAUGGCUUAUGUUGGAGAAUGGGCAACAUAGUCGAGAGUCUGCGGAUGGCCAAGUCCAACUGGAAGCGCGCGCUCCAUUGCAAAUUUGGGUCACUCAAAAAACCUACAACUUACUCAGUGAAGGUGGCCUAUCAGUUGCAACAGAUCAAAUGGAUAUAUACUGGAAAGAGAAGGAUUCUGACUCUGAAUGGACUAGAGCAAAUGAAAUUGUUGAAGGAUUUGAAGAAGGAUAUGAUAGCUCAAGAGAUGAGAUAUCAUCUGUGUCCUCCUACAAUCCUACUAAAGGGAACCUUGAUCUGUCCUUCAGAAGUUCAUUAUCCUUACAAUCAAUGGCGACAAAGGCAUCUAACAAUGAGGCUCUGUAUUCGCAAGGAGCACGCACCAGUUCUUCAUAUAUACCUAUAUCUCAGCUGUUGGUAGCUGAGGUCAUAGAUGAUCCUGGGGCUGGAUUUGUAUCACCUCAAGAGAAGAUCAAUGUGUCCACAUCUGCUCUUUCUCCAAGUGUCCCAUGGAAAUCAGGCUCCCCCUUUGCCAAUGAUGAUGGUGGAGCACCAUCUGCAGCAAAAUCUGCUGAAUCUGCAGCAUCAGAGGGUUUUAUUCGAGGAAGAUCUUACAAUAUAAGGAUAGAUGAUCAAGUCUUGCUACGAUUCUCCCCUAAGAACUCAGAUUCAACCUACUACUUUGGUGAUUUGAUUGGUGGUACUCUGACCUUUUUUCAUGGUGAAGGCCCCAGGAGAUGUCUUGAGGUCUCAAUAACCCUAGAGACUUCAGAAACCAUCAACCAGCGCUUUGCACAUCCUUCAAGAAGGAGCUCUCUGACAACCACCAAGGUGCAAAGUGAUCACCAUGAGGUAGUUUCAGAUUUGAUGCAGACAAGUUUUCUCUUUUCAAUUCCUAUUGAUGGACCCAUGUCCUUCUCCACACCUUACAUAUCUGUGCAAUGGGCUCUUCGGUUUGAAUUUUUCACAACUCCAAAACACUUGGACAUAUCUAGGUAUGAGCAUCCUCUUCUUGUUGAGGAUAGAGAAAAGGGUGAUUGGGUUCUUCCCUUGACUGUGUAUGCACCUCCUCCUCGCACUCAGCCUGCAAAUUCAAAUAAUGAGAAACCUUCAUCCCUUGGAAAUAUGUGGAUACACACUUAAAGAAUGGCGAUGUUAAUGCAAACGUUUUCUCAGUCCGAAUGGUUCGGACUCGGACCCGUAUCAGCAUCAAUUGUUAUCAGAGUUAUGUUUUCAUGGAACUCCAAGUGAUCAUCAUAUGCUUGAAUUGAAGGCUGAGGAAAAAUGAGAAACAAGAUGUCAUUCUCUUGGACAACUUAACCAGGAAGACCAUUUCUUAGUCCAAGCUUGAUUGUCUUAGAAAAUAUUCUGCUUUAUUGGCCCUCGUUGAAUUGAUGUUACUUCCAACCAUUUUUCCUGGUUUUUUUUAGUGUAUUUUGAGAGCAGGAUUUUUAGUCACAUAUUCCAGGGAUGCUCUUCUUUUUUCUCGUUUAAGUUUCCAUCAAUGUGACCAA